CGGUUUGUUUGGGUUUAGGGGAAAAUGCAUGUAUGAAGAUUCUUUGUCCAAGAAGUCACAUAGUAUAGCGGACGCCAUUGCUGGUGCAAAGUAUUUUGCAGACAUUUAUUUGAUGUUUUUAGCAGUCUAGCUAUAUGUAGCUAUGUGCUGUGAGGACAUCAUACGCUCACUACACAGGGCAAAUUUAUACUUCACAAGUUGUGCCAAAUAUACUAAAAUGUCUCAAACUUUUUACUUAUCGGUCAUAUGAUGACAUUUUGAGAGAGAGGACAAGUAGCUGAAGAGUUUGAUGUAUAAUAUGUGUAUGGCAUGUAAAAGCUGUGUCAUUAAAGGACUGAAAACUGAUAUAAUCCGAUAGGCCGAUAAUAUGGAACGUCCCUAAUAAAUAAAUAAAUAAUUCUGGCCAAUCAAAAAGAAAUAAGAAAAAAUAUAUAUAUAUAUUUCUUUUAUCAGUCAUGCUGAUCGAACUUGAUUUUUCUUUAUUUCAGGACGUUAGGUAAAGGUUUUAAUUUCUAUUUCUAUUAGCUCUCUCUCUUCCUCUCUCCCUGCGUGUGUGUGUGUGUGUGUGUGUGUGUGUGUGUGUGUGUGUGUGUGUGUGUGUGUUAGCAUGCUAAAAUCCUGAUCCUAAGCAAAAGGAAAAAGUGUCAGGAUGUACUCAGCUAGUGAAGCCUGACCCAAACCGUUUUAUUGCCACGUCGUUAGCUUUUAUUUCUUGUAGAUGACGACUGUGAACAGAUUAUUUUUCGGAUCUUUAGUUAUUCACAAAGCUUGCUGACAAAACCAAAAUCAGAGUUAUUAAAUAAGGAACAAGCUAACCAGUCAUGCUGUCACGCUGACAUUCAGAAAAUUGUUCACAUUUUCUCCCAACCACUGCAAAGUGAUGCUGACUUUUCUGUGAUGAGUCAGCGUCUGUGAACCUGGCAGGUGAGGGGAAGUUGUGUUGGAAAGAACCUUUUAGGAGGAAAACUGUCGCUGUGAUCCACCUGGUCACCUUACUGAUGCAAGAGGACAGGUAUUCCCCUGGAUGAAGACGGUUGGUGUCAUUAGUGGAACUCCACAGAGGUAUUUGACAAGGUGGUCAGAUUAAAGGUCUCAUACACUGACACUGAUAAUUAUAAUGUACAAUUCAUGAAUGAUGCAUAAAACAUGAAAAACAGUUAAUAUGAUUUCAUCUGCAUUGAAAUGAACAGAAAAGUGUUCCUGUUUUCUAUCCUGAGAAAGACACGCCCCCCUUCAGUUAAAGACUUGACGUACGAACUCAGGCCCAAUCGGGUCAUUUGGUGCCUGAUUUCCAGUGGAUCAUGUCCAGAGUGGAGGUGUUCAGGGAAUCCAACCUUCAGGCUUUACUGAGGGAAAUUCGCACUGAUAUCGCCAUGGCUGUGGAUGAUUCUUUCCCUCUUGUUCACGGCUUGGCUGAUAAAAAUAUCAUCACCGAGAAGCUGCUGAAGGACACUUUGGAGAAGGAGAGCAGUGAGGGGAUUCACAAAGCUGUGUACUUCCUCCUCUCCUGGGUGUUGGAGCAGAGCAUGCCCACUAUCCGGGCUUUCUGGAGCAACUUAUCCAAAGACUACAAUGCGGACAGUUAUCCCAGGCUGCAGAAUCUCCUCGCUAACCUGCGAUCCAGCCAGGAUGCUCCAAAGCCAAUCAUAACCAAUCACAGCAAGAAGAGGAGACACAAGGACAGAGGAGCAAACUCCCAGCAAUCACAGUAUCAGUCCAAGAAAAAUGAUGGCACAGGGAGUAAAGUUAAGUUAUACAGAGUGAAGAGUGAUGCUCGCGCACCUGAAAAUGUGUCCUCCUUAGGUCUGCAGGUGGUGUCCUCCUCAGCCCAGAGAGGAGCCCCACUUUCCUCCUCCUCCACCUUGUCACCAGAUCCAUCUGUCAGGUGUGAGAAAAAAGAAAAGAUAAAGAUCAAACGAGAGUACGCAUUAGACGGUUUGAGCAGGAAGUGCAUCAAAGUUCCUGAAGUGUUUUAUGCUCAGUGUUUAGCAGAUGAGACAAAAAGUGAAAUGUCUGCCAGGACCUCAUUUAACCACCAGGGGGAGACUGCUGCAAGCAUGAGUCACUGUAAUGAUGACGAGUGUGCUGUGUGUAAAGAUGGCGGGGAGCUGAUCUGUUGUGAUGGUUGCCCUCGAGCCUUCCAUCUGGCCUGUCUCAAGCCUCCUCUAUCUUCCAUACCCAUCGGCUCUUGGCGGUGUGAGUGGUGCUGUAGACACAGACUGAAGGGAGAGGAUGUCCCACAACCUUUAAAGACUCUUUCAGCCCAGCCUCAGCAAACAAACACAACCUCCAGUAUCUCAAUGACAGGCGGUUUAUUCUGCUCCGCUCCAUCAUUCUCCAUCACCAGCGUUACAACCUCUCUGAACGUGUCAGGUGACAGAAACCAGCAGUCAGGUGGAGAGCUGGUUGGUGAGAUGGAGGUUUGUGAAGUUUGUCACCAUGGAGGAGGAGAUCUGACACACUGCCUUCAGUGUUUGAAGUGUUUCCACACACACUGCCACUUUUCCAAAGGGAGAUCCAUCUGCGUGUCCUGCCGCCAGCCAUGGUGCAGCGCUGCAGAGAAAGAGGCUGAGGCCAGAGGGCUGCAGGUCACAAAAAAUGUCCAAAACACACUCAGUCAAGAUCAGAGCUCCUUCAUGUCCGAGCCGGUUGUCAAUAAAGAGGAACUGGACUCCAUCCUGGGAGACCAUGGCUCCCUUGAAGGCCUGAUGCAGUGGGCUUUUCACAACAUCCCCCAGCCUCUUCCAGACUCUCAGGGAUGCUACCAGUGAAACGUCAUCAGACAGUGAAAUGAAAAAAGGCUCACUGAAUAAAAUAAGAUGAGCCACCUGAUACUGAAUGUUUUUUUCUAGCAGCCUGUAAAAUAAAUCUCACAGCAAUAAAUAAGAGGAUUAAUUUGUUCACCUUUCAUCUCUGCCUCAUUUAGGAAUCCAGAAUAACCCCAAGAGUUUCUGUUCUGCUUGUUCCGCCUCUCUAAUAUUUGCCCUAAUAUUUAACCCUGCACUUUCCGGGAUUUCUUCACAGUUUCAGAGAACUAGUCAACAGGCCCGGGGUCAGCACUGACGUGGGAGAGCUGGCAGGAGGCCAUGGACUUCUCUGUUCAGGCAUGACGGAUUAUCACAAACAGAAUUACACCAACAUUUAACUUUUGCCAUUGUUCUGCACCACACAGAAGAUGUGAAAGGCUUCAUGCCUGGACAGAGUUUAAUGCAAAAAGAUUCAUCCAGUGUGCACAGAAGUUUCCAGAUGUUUUCUUUCUUACGUCUUUUUAGAUUAGUAACAGAGUUUGCAUAAGUGUGCUACACCAGAUGGUUCUAAUACAGUUCGGUAUGCGCCCUGAGAAAUGCCUCUGUUUGACAUGAAUUCCUUGUGGAGUGUAUCACGUAGAUGAGAUGUUGUUUUUGUCAUGCAAUUCAUGAGUUUUAGCAUGACUGCCAGUAGGAUGAAACUUGGCCGAGCAGCUCAUGGAUUCCUCUCCUCCCAGUAUUUGGUUGCCAUGGCGCCCUGCUCCUUCGGGCCCAAAACAGAGGAUGAGAAGAACACAUUAUUUGCCGCGUGUUUGUGCAGAUUAGUCUGGUUUAUCAGACCAUUUUUGGAUGAAUAAACAACAAAGUGUUUUGCAAACUAGAGUUCUCACUGACUCAGAAAAAGAAAACCUAAUAAAAAGAU